UUCGGGGCUAGACCCAGCCUAUAGCGAUCGUCGUUGUUGGGAGGCGGCAGCGGGGUGGGUGACUCCUAGCUAGCUAGUUAGUUUGUGCUCAGGUUUAUUGUUAAGGUUGUAUGGAGUAGCACUGCGAGUCUCAAUCCCUUUUCACAAUAUCAACAAAAGCAUUAGCCAUGAGUUAAUGAUACUAGCUUGGAGAAACCGAUCUUUUUCGCACACGCUCAUCAGGGACAGACGCGUAUAAACAGAAAGACGGCCAGGGAGGAGGGGAGAAAUAAGAAGAAGAAGAAGGAGGGAGGGGUCGGGAGGAGCCCUACUCUUAAGAAAGGAGACCACACACUACAUCAGCUCAGCUGUUGUUUCCACACACUGAGGAACAGAGCCACAUCAGCUGAAGGAACCUUUCCACCAGCAAUGAAUGACACCGGGAAAGAAGAGACACAGCUCCACCAACACUAAUACACACACUUACAUUAAUACCAAACAUACAACCUUUUAUUCCCUAAUCGUGUCUUGCCUCAACAUGGCAAACUCAGCUCUAGUGGUCCAAGCAGAACUAUUACCCCCUCAAUCGUCCUCCUCCCUCUCUCCCUUCCCAUCGCUGCAGGGACCAGGAGAAGGGGAGGAGGACAGGGUAAGGGAGGAAGAAGCGGAUGGGGAGAAAGGGAUGGUGGAGGGGGGUGAGGAUAUAGUGCUGACCGGGGUAGGGGUGCAGAUGGUGACGUCAUCGGUCCUGGCUGCGCCCCAUCUCCAGGAGCACCCUGAGCACCCGUUCCAGUGCCUGGAUUGUGGCAAGAGCUUCAAGUGGUCUUCAAGGCUGGCCCACCACCAGCGCAGCCACAACAACGAGAGGCCCUACCGCUGUAACCUCUGCCCCAAGGCCUUCAAGGGCUCCUCCGCACUCCUCUACCACCAGAGGUCUCAUUCAGGGGAGAAGCCCUAUAAGUGUGAGGACUGUGACAAAGCCUUCAAACGCUCCUCUCUGCUCCAGGUCCAUCGUAGCGUCCACACAGGCCUGCGGACCUUCCAGUGCCCCUACUGCCCGCUCACCUUCAAGUGGAGCUCCCACUACCAGUACCACCUGCGCCAGCACACAGGCGAGUGCCCCUACCCCUGCGACAGCUGCCCCAAGGCCUUCAAGAACUCCAGCAGCCUGCGCCGACACAAGAACGUGCACCUAGGUCUGAAACCCUACGUGUGCACCGUGUGUACCAAGGCCUUCACCCAGUCCACCAACCUCAGACAACACAUGAGAAUCCACACAGGAGAGAGGCCCUACAUCUGUGGAGAGUGUGGACGCAGUUUCACACACUCAUCCAAUCUGGCCCUGCACCGGAAUUCUCAAAGUCACACUGGUGAAGGAAAGGGSGGGGAGACAGGGGGRGGCAACAUGGGGGAUGAGAUACAGGAAGUGAUAGUGGGGGAGGACGUGACAUCACAAAUGUUGACGGACAUGGGCUUUGUGAGCCAGGAGGCCACGGUGGGGGUGGGGGUUGGGGAGGUAUUCCUAUCGUCAGGUCACCAGACCCUCCUGCCCCAUCUCACCCCCACCCAGGGGGGCGUGUGCACAUCCAGGGCCAUCGGGACAGAAGUGCACGUGAGCACGGAGUCGGGCGCCAGCGUGCUGCUGUACAGCUGUGGCAGCUGUAGUCAGACAUUCAGCACACGGACAGAGCUAGAGGACCACCAGGCCAUGCACCUGGGCCCCGGGGAGGAGGGGGGCAGCGGGGUGGGGGAGGGGGGAGGGGUGGGGCAUCUGCUGGCUGACUUUGAGGAGGUGGUGGAGACAACGACGGCAGCAGCAGAGAACGGACACACUACGGCUGAACUACUGGGACUGACCGGAGGGAAUAUGGGGACUACCCAGCACGAACGCACCCACUCAGGCGAGCGGCCCUUCCACUGUGCCCAGUGUCACAAGAGCUUCACCCACUCCUCCAAUCUCCAGCUCCACCUGAGAACCCACUCCUCCAGGAAAGACUACAAGUGUCCCUUCUGUGGGAAGGAGUUUUACAUCCUCCUACAGUGCCCCUCCACCAAUGGGAGCCAGCCCAGCCUGAUUCUCGUCCCCACCACAGCGACCAAUCCCCAGCCCACCCUGGAGCCCCAGGGCCUCCCAUUGGUCCAGACAGUUCUAAACCCUGCCCAAACCCAGAUGCAACAUUUCCAGACAAUAUCCCAGCAACAACAGCAGCCCAGGUUCAUCAUCACCACCAMCAACAACAAUGACCCCUAA